UGGGGUAUCUAGUGAGGGAAGCAGAAACUUGCAACUGCCUGCCUUGGGGCUUUUAGGAUAGAGAAUGGAGGGGGAUCCUGGGAAGGACUGUUAGGCGUGCUGGCCCUCUUCCCUUCUCCUUCCUCCCUUCCCAAUAUGGUCCCCUGAGCAGGGGGCCUGCAGUAGUAGUCCAGGGAUCACUGUAUGGGCACAGGGUCACAGAAAAUGGGGAGACCAGCAGGGAAAGAGACCCCAAAAGAUAGAUCCCCAGGUACCCAAAGAUGCAGCCACUACAUACUGGGACCAGAUAAGCCUUCCUUGAAAACCUGGAGGCAGGUGUAGGACAAAUAAACAGAAAUACUCUGCACAUGGCAGAUGGGAGGCCAAUAUCCAGGGAGCUGGUUACCCUGUAAGUUUACACUACAAAUUAGGUAGCGUGGGGUCCAAAAACAUCUAGGAACAGAAAGGAGACCCUUAGGUAAUAGCAGUCCCAAAUUUAAUUUCCACUGUGUCUGAAGAACUUUUAAGAAAACACCCGACUUUAUUGAGAUAUAACAUAUGCUAUAUAUAUAACAUAUAGUUAUAUAACAUAUAGUAUAUAAUAUACCAUAAAACUUACCCAUUUAAAAUAUACAGAUUGGUGGUUUUUAAUAUAUUUAUGAGUUGUGCAACCCUCAUCACAAUCUAAGUUUGGAACAUUUUAAUUAUCCCCAGAAAACCCUGUGCCUAUUGGCAGCCACUCCUCAUCCCCUACUGCCCAGCCCUAGGUAAUCACUAACCUACUUUCUAUUUCUAUACAUCUGAAGGACUCUGGAUGCUGUGAAGGUUACAUAUUUAGUCAACAAGCAUUUACUUUUUCUGUGUUAUGAAUGGGAAAAUGGGAGGAGGAGUGACUUGAGCUUUGCCCUCACAUUAUUUAUACUUGGCAGUGAUAGGGCCUGGUAGUUAAACAGUCCACUUGACAGUUAUGUCAGCUUAGCCAUGCUACAUAUACUCUGUGAGCCUCAGUGUCCUCAUCUUUAAGACAGAAUAACAGUUAUUUUAUAAGUUUGCUGUCAGGAUGAAAUGACAAAAGAAUCUAGUACACAGCAUGGCCCACAGUAAGGGAUCAUAAAUGUUUGCCAUUAUAGUUCUUUUUUUUAAAGUUUAUUUUGAGAGAACAUGCUCAGGAGGGGCAGAGAGAAAGGGAGAGAGAAUCUCAAGCAGGCUCUAUGCUGCCAGCACAGAGCCCAAUGCAAAGCCCCAUCUCACAAACCAUGAGAUCAUGACCUGGGCUGAAAUCAGCCAAUAGCCACCCAGGUACCCCAAGAAGUAUUUUGAGCCACCUGGGCACUCCAUGCCACUACAGGUCUUAUAUCGCAAGGCAAGGAGCAAGGAAAGUGCUGUGGGGCCCUGAGGAGAUUUGGGAAGGCUUUGGGAGGAGCUAGUGUGGGUGAGUGUGUAGGGAUUCAGACAGUAUAGGCAAAGCUGGGUGGGUGCAUUCCAGGUAGAACAGCAUAAACAAAGGACGCCCGGAGCACACAUGGCAAAAAGCUAGGAGCAGUGGGUGUUGUACUCUGGAGAGACCAGCCAGGGACACAAAGGCUUGAGGGGUGACACUGCUGAAUUUCAGAGGUGGCAGAAAGUUGGUCUGGGAGAAUUGUGAUCUGGAGUGUGGUGUGGGCAGUAAUGUGCUUUUUGGGAGCUCAAACGCAAUUGGUGUCAGAUGGAAUGAAUGAAACCCCAGGUAGAGGAUGGACUGGUAGAAAAGAAGGCUGGGGAUGGGAGGCCUGUAUCUGUUCAAGCAGCCUGGGGACAUGAAGACGCUGGAGAGGGCAGGCAGCCAUUCUCAGACUUUAGAAUCACAAUCACUGAGAAUCUGUCAAACAUGCAGAUUCCUGGGCCUGCCCUAAGGUUCUGACUCAGCAAGGCUAUGCAGACCCAGAAAUCUGUAAUCUUUUUUUUUUAAGUUUAUUUAUUUUGAGAGCAUGCGUGCAGAAGCGGGGGAGGGACAGAGAGAGAGGGAGACAGAUUCCCAAGCAGGAUCUGCACCAUCAGCACAGAGCCCAAUGCAGGGCUUGAACCUACAAACUGUGAGGUCAUGACCUGAGCUGAAAUUAAGAGUCAGAUGCUCAACUGACUGAGCCACCCAGGUACCCGUCAGAAAUCUGUAAUCUUAAUCAGCUCCCUUCAAGGGAGACAACAGAGACCACAUCCUUUGAGAAUUUCUAGAUUAGAAACGUAGUAGAAGUCAAAUUCACACAAUCACACUACCAAAGGUGUAGGUGAGAGGGUACAGGCGGCUCCUGGCUUGGUUCUGGGUAACUAAGGAUGGUGGGACAGCCAGGAAGACAGAGUUAGUCAGAGAUAGAGGGGGAGGAAGCAGGUGAACACAGCCAGGGAGAGGCAGGCACCUGGGAUGUAGGAGAGUGAGCAAGUCAGGGGCUUGUCUGCGGUUCACCACCUAACUGGGCAAGAUGGCAGACAUGGCCUUCAGGGCACCCUGAGCUGCAUCCAGACCUUGAAGGAAGAAGGAUUUUGACCAGGGGAGAUGGGCAUGGGCUUUCCAGAUAGAGGAAACAGACAAGAUUUGUGAUCAGAUGAGUUUUUCAGGCCAGUAUGGAGUUUGGAGUUUAUUUUGGCCCAAAGUGAGAGAGAUCUGGAAGGUUUGGGGAUAUUGUCACCCUUGCUAUCUAGGGCAGUACUUAAGAGAGUGUGCAAGUUUUGGGAUGGAGUGAGUGCAAUGACUUUGGGUCUCUUAUCACUAGGCCCAUAGCCCCUCUCCUGUUUUUGAUUGAUUCAUGUUGGCAAAGAAUGGGAGGCUGAGGGAAGGCUAGGGAAGGGGCAAGAGAGGGAGGUCCAACCCUAUUUUAUGAUCUCAGUGGAAAAAGCUGUUGUGAGUAGUUUUUGUUGCCAGCAGAGCCACAGAGAUGGGCCCCAUGAGUCACUGCUCAGUCCUGCAAACUCAGCCCAUACAGCCUCCUGUGGUCAGCAGCCUGGGCUUGUUCCAGGUCCAGCCCCCAGUGUUCCCCUCUGGGCCUCAGUAUGUCCCCAUUUCUAUCUAUAUCUUUGCCAUCCUAGGACUGUGCAUCCUGCAGCUGUCUGCCUUUUCUGUUUCCUUUUCAGACUGAGCCUCUGAAUCUAUUUGUGACUCUGGUUUACAUCUGGCUCAAGGAUAGGGAGCCUCAUGGGGACAGGAGUAACGUGACCACUCUCAGGCGCCCCUAAGCAUUUGUUCUAUGCCAGGCCAUAUGUUAAGUGCUGGAAGUACAGAAGUGACAACACUGUUUUCAUGUAGCUACAAUGCACAUUGUAUUGUGGAGUGAAUAAACUAAGGCCUGACCCUGACCCUCAAUCUGUCUGCCUGUGCCCAGCAGUGCUGGGGUCAGCUAUGGCCUGUGGCUUGGGGACUCUUACCUGCUUCUGGUAUUGAAGGGGUAUGUGUGCCUGCCAGCAGGUCUCCCCAGCUCUUAGGGCUCUUAGGAGGCCUGGCUGGUGGCUGGAGGUGGGCAGACAGUGGGCAACAGAAGGAGAGGGAGGGAGCAGGAGGCAAUGACUCAAUGGGGCGGCCCUGGGACAGUUGGGGAGGGAGCCAAGGUUGGUCCUGAUGCUCACUAAAGCUCUAGGAGGGUGGGACCAGAGGACCGGCUGGGAGCUGGGGAUGGAGCAGGACAAUUCCAAAGCUCCUCUGGCAGCCAGAUCAGCUCAUGAAGAAGGCUCCUAGGAACGUGGUCUGAGAAUCUGGACUUUGGGGGCUGAUGUGGCAGCUAGGAUGGGGCGGGCAGGAUGCUGUUCCCACCGUGCCUGCUUCUGACACUCUGGUUUGCUCCUCCGGCAACUUCCAGGCUCAUGCUUUAGAGCCAAGGAAGUCAUUGUACCCACUGCCCCCUCCCCUCCCAGGAACCAAGUGAUGUUGUGGGCACAGUGUGUUCUUCUGGCCACACAGCCUACCUUCUUACAAUCUUCCCACAAAUUUUGGGGAGUGUCAGGCCAGGCACACAUGCCCUAAAGGGACCUCAUACCUCUGAGCUGGGAGGGAUCUCACAGGUCAAGUCUCCAGGUAACUUUCACCAGUUCAGGAUCCCCUGACUGAGGGUGAAAUGAUGGGGAGGGCAUGAAUAUAGCCCAAAUGCUGGCAGCGAGUGGACAUUGACAUAUGGGAGGGUCUUUCCGAGUCCUGUGGCAACCCCAGGGGGAAAAAAAGGAAUGACUUUCUUUUUUUACAGGCAAGUAAGGCUUAAAGAGAACUGAGUUGCUGGAGCUCACCCAAAAGGCCUGAACUUCAGGCGCAUUUGCGCUAUACCUCUACCCGGGCACCAAGACUGGCCCCUCCUGUGGCCUAGUGCCUUCUAUCUGGGUCACCCACCGAGCCCUACCAGAACAUCUUCAAUCCAUUUCCUGGACGAGCAGAAGCCUCACAGUGAGGGCCCAGCCCCUCUCCCAAUUGUCCUGAGCAGGCCUACUCUUAAGGAGAGGGUGAUGGAAGGGCCCUUGGAAGUUGGGGAUACGUCCCCAGACUCCCAGGGACACGUCACUGACUCGAGGUUUGCUGUGUGCAGUUUCAGGGAUGCCUGGGAUGAGGAGGAACCUGUUCCCCACGUGCAGGUUAAGGACCCUAAUCCUCCAAGAUCACCAGCAGGGACAGCCCAGGGAGAAGGGCUUCUUGGCAGCUCCGUGCCUGGGGAUCUUCAGUCACCCCUAGGACCGAUGGCUGCAGAUGGGCCGGGGGAAGGGCAGGGGGACACAUUAGGAGGUUCCUCAGUUCAGUUAGAGGAACCCACCCUAUCUAGAGUGGAGAGCCUCCCAUGUCCAGUGUCCUCCCACCUCAGUCUCGCACAGGGCAAGAGUGAUAGUCGAGGGGGAGACUUGGCAAGAGACCAAGUUCCAGACAGGUUAGUGCCAGCUGGCUUGGGUCCUGAGGGGUUGGACAGCGAUCCUGUGGACCUUGGAGGCCCUUUAUCUGAGACAUCUUCAGAACUACUGGAGCCAGACCCCAGUGGAUCUUACCUCCCUAAGCCUGCUAAUUACCUCCUGGCCCAAGACCUCUCCUGGGAGCUGCUGGCCAGUGGCAUGGCUACCUUACCAGGGACUCGGGAUGUAGAAGGCCGGGCAGUGCUGCUUCUGUGUGCCCAUAGCCCAGCCUGGCUCUACCCCAAGUGCAAUAGCCAUGAACUUAUCCGCCUCCUGCUCUACCUGCGAAGCAUUCCCAGGCCUGAAGUACAGGCCCUGGGAUUGACCGUGCUGGUGGAUGCCCGAGUUUGUUCCCCAAGUUCUUCUCUCUUCUGGGGGCUCAGCCAACUACAAGAAGCAGCCCCAGGGUCAGUAUACCAGGUGCUGCUGGUGGGAAAGAUGCCAGAGGAGGUUCCUCCCAGGCUGCAGCUGCAGCAGCUGCCCUCUCAUCAGAGCCUGCUGACCUACAUCUCCACUUCUCGGUUGCCAGCUUCAAUGGGAGGAGGCCUGCCUUACUGCCACCAGACCUGGCUGGACUUCCGGAUGCGUCUGGAAGCCCUACUGCAAAGCUUCCAGGUGGUUUGUGCCUUGCUCCAGGAGGCCAUUGAGAGCAUGAAGGCUGUGCCCCAGCCCAUGGAGUCUGGGGAAGUUGGUCGGCUGCUCCAGCAGACACAAGUCCUGAUGCAGCACGUGCUAGACUCACCCUGGCUAGCAUGGCUACAGUUCCAGGGGGGGUUGGAGCUGGCAUGGUUGAAGCAAGAGGUCCCAGAGGUGACCCUGAGCCCAGACUACAGGCCAGCAGUGGAUGAAGUUGAUGAGCUCUAUGGCCGUGUAGAUGGACUGCUACACCAACUGACCCUGCAGAGCAACCGGCGAGUACAGGCACUAGAGUUGGUCCAGACUCUGGAGGCCCAGGAGGGCAGGCUGCACCAGAUUGAAGUAUGGCUACAGCAGGUGGGCUGGCCAGCACUUGAGGAGCUAAGGGAGCCCUCACUGGACAUGCUGCUCCAGGCCCAAGGCCCUUUUCAGGAGCUGGACCAGGUUGCUCAGGAGCAGGUCCGGCGAGGGGAGAGGUUUCUGCAGCCACUGGCUGGCUGGGAGGCUGCUGAGCUGGGCGCUGCUGGGGCCCACUUUCUGGCCCUGCAAGCCCAGCUGACUGACUUCUCCAGGGCUUUGGCCCAGCGGCGGCAGCGGCUGGCAGAUGCUCAGAGGCUGUUGCAUUUUUUCAAGCAGGCCUCGACAUGGGCUGAGGAGGGGCAGAGGGUGUUGGCAGAGCUGGAGCAGGAACGCCCAGGGGUCGUGCUGCAACGGCUGCAGCUGCAUUGGACCAAGCACCCUGACUUGCCUCCUGCCCACUUCCAAAAGAUGUGGGCUCUGGCCACAAGGUUGGGCUCCGAGGGCAUUCGCCAGGAGUGCCGCUGGGCCUGGGCACGAUGCCAGGACACCUGGCUGGCCCUGGACCAGAAGCUAGAGGCUGCACUGAAGCCACCACUGAUGACGACCACAACGGGCAGCACAGCUAGCCUGUGUGUCAGCCGUUUCCCUGCUGCAUCUGCCACCCCUCCCCUGAGGAAGGCAUAUAGCCUCGAUCAGAAUCUGGGGCAGAGUCUCAGAGAGCCUGCCCACCACUGCCACCAUGCGGCUAUUGUGGCUGCUUCCCAUGGACCAGACGCUGAAGGUGGUGCCCAGCCAGGGUCAUCCCCUACCAUGCUUCCACCAGGCAGUUCUGACCCCAGGAACCCCAACAGGCUCCAGCUGGUAUUAGCAGAGAUGGUGGCUACGGAGCGGGAGUAUGUCCGAGCUCUUGAUUACACCGUGGAGAACUACUUCCCUGAGCUGGAUCGCCCCGAUGUGCCCCAGGGCCUCCGUGGCCAGCGUGCCCACCUCUUUGGCAACCUGGAGAAGCUGCGGGACUUCCAUUGUCAUUUCUUCCUGCGUGAGCUGGAGGCCUGUACCCAGCACCCUCCCCGGGUAGCCUAUGCGUUCCUGCGCCAUAGGUUGCAGUUUGGGAUGUACGCACUCUACAGCAAGAAUAAACCUCGCUCUGAUGCCCUGAUGACCAGCUUCGGUCAUUCCUUCUUCAAGGACAAGCAGCAAGCACUGGGGGACCACCUGGACUUGGCUUCCUACCUGCUGAAGCCCAUCCAGCGUAUGAGCAAGUAUGCAUUGCUGCUGCAGGAACUGGCAAGGGCCUGCGGGGGUGCUGUGCAGGAGCUGAGUGCCCUGCGGGCUGCCCAGAGCCUUGUGCGUUUCCAGUUGCGACAUGGCAAUGACCUGCUAGCUAUGGACGCCAUCCAGGGCUGUGAUGUUAACCUGAAGGAACAGGGUCAGCUGGUGCGACAGGAUGAGUUCAUGGUACGUGCUGGGCGCCGUAAAUCCUUGCGCCGUGUUUUCCUCUUUGAGGAGCUACUGCUCUUCAGCAAGCCUCGCCGAGGACCCACGGGCAUCGACACAUACGCCUACAAGCGUUCCUUCAAGACGGCAGACUUGGGCCUCACUGAGUGCUGUGGGGAUAACAACCUGCGGUUUGAGAUCUGGUUCCGCCGUUGCAAGGCCAGGGACACCUUUGUGCUGCAGGCUGCCAGCUUGGCCACCAAGCAGGCUUGGACAGCUGACAUUUCUCGUCUGCUCUGGAGGCAGGCCAUCUACAACAAGGAGGUUCGCAUGGCUGAGAUGGUGUCCAUGGGUGUGGGGAACAAGGCCUUGCAGGACAUCGACCCCAGCGAGGAAGCUAUCAACGACCGCACUGUCAACUACAUCCUGAAGUGCCGAGAAGUUCGCUCUCGGGCCUCUGUUGCUGUGGCCCCGUUUGACUAUGAGAGCCCCUAUCUGGGGGCCUUGAACUCCCUUCCUGGAGACCCUGCCUCUUGCUCUAUGCUGGGGUCCCUCAACCUGCAUCUGUACAGAGACCCGGCUCUUCUGGGACUCCGCUGGCCCCUGUAUUCUACCAGCUUCCCAGAAGAAGCAGCACUGGAGGCUGAAGCGGAGCUGGGCAGCCAGCUGUCUUUGACUCCUGAAGACUCAGAGGUGUCAUCCCAGUGCCAAUCAGCCAGUGGAUCCAGUGGCUCUGACAGCAGCUAUAUGUCAGGGCGGGCCCUGGGCAGAGCUCUUGAGGACUUGUCCUAUGGAGGCAGAUCCACAUGAUUCUUCAAAUACUUCUGCUCACACAACUUGGAACUUGGGAACUGGACCAGCUCAUUGGCCUCUAAGUUGCUACAUCCCAUUCUGAAGUUGCUUCCCAGACAGAUGUUGUUUCAAUGGGAAGUGAGGACAGGAAAGGACUUAAAGGGCUUUAUAAACUGUUUGUAUAAUAGGCUUGUGUUCUUUAAAAUGGUUCAAAAAUUGCCUUGAUCUCUUUGAUUUUCUGCAAUGAACAAAUGAUUCCCUUCUUUUCCUCACAAAAUGGUGCCUUGGCAUAAAGUCAUCAGUAAUCCUGACAUGUGAGGCCAUUUAAGUAAUUUUGAAGCCACUUGUAAGCAAUUCUAGCACUCCACUCCAGGGGUAGUUGAAAAAACUUUUGUUUCAGGUGGGUAGAUUUAAACAAAUAAAAAGAAGGGGUGCCUGGGUGGUUCAGUCGAUUAAGCAUCUGAUUCAGUUCAGGUCAUGAUCUCAUGGUUUCAUGGAAUCGAGCCCCACAUCUCCCUUGAGACUCUCCCUCUUGAGACUCUCCCUCUUUCUCUGCCCCAGCCCUGCUUGCUCUCUCUCUCUCUCUCUCUCUCUCUCUCUCAAAAUAAAUAAAUAAACUUUAAAAAAUAAAAGAAAAAUAAAUGAAAAGAAUACUACCAUCAACUUGCAUUGGAGUAUGUGAAGGGUUUUGAUUUCCA